AGUAAAACCUCAAACAACUACUUCAAAUAUUAAAAAAUCUACAAAAUAAAAACAAAGAAUAAUCUUGAAGAGCAAGAGUGUUGUGUGAUUUUUUUUAAGUUGUAAAAUAUAAAAGAAUAUUGUGACAAAAUGCCUCUGUACUCGGAUUCCACGAACUACUACUACAGCGGCGGUAGCAGUCAGCUCUACUCGCCGUACUAUAGCUCCGGUCUGGGCUUAAAUCUGCCCGGAUCGAGCAGCUAUACCUCCAGCUACAAUCGCUCCUAUCCGGCCAGCUAUAUGGUGCCCCUCAGUCCCUCCUCGCCCCGCUCGCCCAGCUAUACGAGUGGCGCCUCCAGCAGUUCCAGUAGCUCCCUCCACGGCCUCGGCUCCAGGUAUCAGCCCAAACUGACCACAAUCACCGAAAGUGGCAGGCACAGCGGCCACAGCAGCCUGAUGCCUCUUACUAGGAUCCAGUCCCCCAAGUACACAUCCACUAGCUACGCCUCAACCACGCCCACCACCCGGUAUAUUCCGCCACGUCCCAUCGCCAUAAAUACGGCGGAUAUCGAUGUGAGUUCCUCGCGGUAUCGCCGGGGAGUGACUCCCAAGUCCAAUGAGAAGGAUGACAAAGACAAGGAUAAGGACAAAGAAAAGGAUAAGGAAAGGGACAAGGACGAAGUCAAGAAACAGGACACCAAGAAAGAAAUAAAAGAAGAAGUCAAAACAGAAGACCCAGCCAAGGAGAACUUCCUCGAAGUCCCGGAAUCGGGACCCAAGCGCCGUUCUACUAUUCGAAGAAAUCGCGCUGUGGUUCGACUUUCCACCAUACGACGUCGCAGCAAGGAUCGUGCUGAGGAGAAUACUUCCAGCAAGAACCCAGAACCCAUCCAACCGCCAGAACAUCAGUUCCGGGAUCUUCCACCAGCCACCGAGCCCAGUCUGAGUUGGCGACAAAAGUUGGCCGAAGAAUUGGCGGCCUUCCCAGUGACCAGUAAUAAGAAAUCCCCCGGAGAAUUGCUCCGCGAACGAUUCUACAUCCGGGAUGGCAAGGAGGAGCCACCAGUCACUAAUCAGGCCCAGGUCCAGGAACUAAUCCAGCCACAAAGUGCCCAGAAGAGUGAGGCCCCCAAGGAGGAACAAAACCAAAAGAAUGAUCAGGAGAAAGAUGAUUCCGAGUCCCUCGAUGAUCAGGAGGAGCUGGAAGAGAUGCAGCAGAAAAUCCGAAGGUUGAGUUUGGUUCAAUGUCCCACAUUUCAUGAUAUCUGCGAGGAUAUAUCCUCCGAUAAGAUCGACGAUGAUCUGAAUGCCGGGGAGCUGAGGCGCAGAGCCUCCAUUAUCCAGGAACAGGAGCAGGAGAUCCUUAACAAACUGCAAAAGUCCAGCUCCGGAAGCUUCCAGAUGAUCCAUCUGGAGAGGAGAUCCAGUCACGAUAGCACCACCACAGCCGAUGAAAGCGGCACUGAGAGGUCGAAGCGUCGCUCUAAGAAGUCCAAGAAGUUGCGCCACAAAAUCACCGCCAUUGUGGACGUGGAAAAUGCUCCAGCUCCCUCCGCCAAGGUGGAACACAUGCCCAGUGUCCUGGAGCUGAAUGAAGAGCCCUCUGUUACCAGUCAAGGACUCAUCUCCACGUCGGGCUCCAGUUCCACGCCCAGUCCCAGUCCGAAGCCCAAGUUCACGGUGAACGUGGAGACUGUCGAGGAGCACCAUCAGAUCCACAAGAUCUUCAAGUUGCCGAAGAAAAAGCCCGAGCCGGCCCUGCCCGAGGGAUUCAUGAAGGCGGCUCCCAAAACCAACAAGACAUCGCCUUUGAAGAAGGUUCUUCCAAAGCCGGAAGAGAAGAAGGAGCCACCACAGCAGCAUGUAAGUGUGGCGCAGAUCUUCACUUUUGAUGAGGCGGCCAUACAGAAGCAGGAACCGGAGAAGAAAGAACCCAAAGUGGAGGGAGUGGCCACACCCAAGCCCAUCAGGAAAGCCAUUCAAAAGUCGGAGAGCGGUGAGGACUUUUGGUCGCAAAUUGGUUCGAGGGAAACCCUCUACAUGACUAAUCGCAAAAAGGCCCUGACCGAGAGGCAAGAGCGUCUUCUCGAAGAAGAACAGCAGCCCAAGUCGCCAACCACACCAAAAGAAACAAAGACAAUAGUAGAUGAAGUUAAAGCAAAGGUCCCAGAGACAAAGACACCAGCAGUACCAAAGCUUAAGUCGGAAAUAACCAUAGAACUGAAAACCACACCAACAGUUACAACUUCCAAGGCUCCAGGAACUCCACAAACUCCAGAGUUCCCAGCCACAAAGCCAUCUACACCAAAGGUUGCAACUCCAACAACCAUAACAACAAGCAAUAUCGAAAACAAGACCACAACAGCAACAACUAAACCAGUAACUACACCUACAAGUGUCAUUAAGCCCAUAGUUACACAAACAACUUCAGUGGACUCCCCAUUGGAGGCUACAAAGACCAAAACAACUGCAACAGAUGUUGCCAAACCAAAGACAACACCGGCAGCGACCAAAAAAGACUCACCAACAAAAACAAAAGAGGAAGGAAAGCCAAAAAUAGCCAUAUCCAAGGAUAAUCUAAUCCAAAUCGAAACUAGGGAAGCUGAGAAGUCGAAGGCGGCAAUUGCAACAGCAGUUCAGGCCAAGUCAGUUACACCAACACUUACACCAACCACUCCGGAAGCAAAGUCAACAACAAAAGAUAAUGCCGAAGGGAUGACUGAGAAGAAAGAGAAACAAUCUCCAAAAGUCAAGGCAACAACAUCAAUCGAAGUCCAAACAAAACCAGCAACACCAACUGGCACACCAGCAACACCAACGCAAGUCAAGUUGGCAACAAAACCAGAAGAAAUUCCAUUGACACCAGCAGCACCAGCAAAGACAACAAUAGCAGCUGCGAAGACAACAACUAAAACAACAACAGCUGUGACAGUUAAACAAUCUGGCAGCUCUGCAACAGUUACAACAGCAACAUCAACAACAGCAGCAGCAACAGCAGUAGCAACACCAACAGGCAAAUCAAAACUGAACGAAACAACAGGGCCAAAAAUAAAUAGCGGGCAAAUGGCCAAGUCACCUGAACAACAACAGGCAAUCGAAACGAAAAUAAAUAAAACAACGCACAAGGAACAGCAACAGCAGCAGCCGCAGCAGCAGCAGCAGCAGCAAUCCCAGCAGCAACAGCAAUCCCAGACGGAAACCAAAACGAAAUUGACGGAAACCGCCAAGUCAAAGGUGCAAUCACCGAAAGCCGGCAAAAUAAAUGUUGCCAAAAAGAAGACAACAACAGCAACAGUAGCAACAGCAGCAACAUCGAAUGCAACAGCAUCAACAGUAGUAGAUGCAACAGCAACUGAGAGCAAUGUGACCCCAAUCAAUGCCGAUCAAUUUAUAACUUUGGCCCCCACAAAAGCGACCAAAAUAUCACCAAGAGGAGUGCAACAGCAACAUGCGUCAUCGCAAUCAGUAUCUGCAACUACAACGCCUACAACGAAUUUGAAAGCAAUUAGGCAAGAGGAGAAACAGCAACAGCAACAGCAACAGCAGCAAGAGCAGCAAUCAUUGCAUGUUGCUGUUGCUGUUGAGGCAGCAACAUCUGUUGGUGUUGCUCAUACGGAUGUUGCUAUUGCUAUUGCUGAUAGUGUUGCUACUGUGGCUAGUGUUGCUGAUGGUGUUGCCGAUGUGGAUGUAGACAACAACAGCUGCGGCAAUAAUUUAUCAAAGUUUGCAACAGUAUCGAAUUUGGCACAGUGUCUGCGAGACGUUGACGCUGAAUUAGAGGACUAUAUACCAUCGUCGGCGGAUAAUUCCGAUUCCGAAACCGAUUCCGACGACUUUGACGGCGACAGUUCGGCGGAAUAUUCCAGUGCGAGCGGUAUCCGUCGGAAUCUCAGUGAAAGCAUGAAGAAGAAGCAGCGCAAGGAGAAGAGAAAGCAAAAGAAAGCGGCCGCCGCCGCCGCCGAACCGCCACGCUUCGAUCCUCACAAGAAAAUCAAAAUCGACACCACCAACAAAUGCUACGUGAAGGAGGAGGCGCCACGAUAUCCCCUCGUGGCCACACCGCGACCCCUUUGGAAGCGGGAGAAGAUCGUCUAUUCGGACGAGAAUACGGACGAUGAGAGCGGAAGCGAGGCGGGCAGCGAGUCCUUGGAGGAGGAGGCGACCAGCGACGAUGAGAGCGGCGAGGAGUGCAGCUCCUCGGGCAGCAGCCAAAGCUCAGCGGGAUCUGCGGGGGCGGGAUUGCGUGGUGGCGCCACCAAGGGAGGUGGCUCCUCAUCGGGGGUCACCGAAUCGUCUACCUCCUCGGGAGCGGGAGCGGGGGCAGGGGCGGCUGUGGGCGCGACACUGGGCGUGGCUGGCACUCCGGCCGGCACCUCGCCCUCCAUCAUCCGGAUGAGCACCUGCAGCAACGAUUCCGGAUUCGAGGGCGGCACUGCGCCCUCCAGUCCCAAGAAGAUGUUAGAAACAUCAUAUACAUAUUCACAAUUCCAAAAAUCCGGACGUUUCACUGCGCCAGCCACAGUAAUACCUAGAUUUAAGAAUUAUUCGGUAGAUGAUUUCCACUUUCUGGCCGUCCUCGGCAAGGGAAGUUUCGGCAAAGUCCUGCUGGCCGAGCUGAGGGAUACCACGUACUAUUAUGCCAUCAAGUGCCUGAAAAAGGAUGUCGUUCUGGAGGACGACGAUGUGGACUCGACGCUCAUUGAGAGAAAGGUCCUGGCCCUGGGCACCAAACAUCCUUAUUUGUGUCAUUUGUUUUGCACUUUCCAAACGGAGAGCCACCUGUUCUUCGUGAUGGAGUAUCUGAAUGGCGGUGAUCUCAUGUUCCACAUCCAGGAGAGCGGACGCUUCUCCGAGGAAAGGGCCAGAUUCUAUGGCGCCGAAAUAAUCUCGGGUCUCAAGUUCCUGCACAAAAAGGGCAUUAUCUAUAGGGAUCUCAAACUGGAUAACGUCCUGCUGGACUACGAGGGACAUGUUCGUAUCGCCGAUUUUGGAAUGUGCAAACUGCAGAUCUAUUUGGACAAAACAGCGGAUAGUUUUUGCGGCACACCCGAUUAUAUGGCGCCCGAAAUCAUUAAGGGUGAGAAGUACAAUCAAAAUGUGGAUUGGUGGUCUUUCGGUGUGCUGCUCUACGAGAUGCUGAUCGGACAGUCGCCAUUUAGUGGCUGCGAUGAGGACGAGCUCUUCUGGUCCAUUUGCAAUGAGAUUCCAUGGUUCCCCGUUUAUAUAUCCGCCGAGGCAACUGGAAUUCUCAAAGGGCUUCUGGAAAAGGAUUAUACAAAGCGUAUUGGGUCUCAAUAUAGUACAGCUGGAGAUAUAGCCGAUCAUAUAUUCUUCCGGCCGAUCGACUGGGGUCUGCUGGAGAAGCGACAAAUAGAGCCGCCCUUCAAGCCCCAAGUGAAACACCCAUUGGAUACCCAAUAUUUCGAUCGGGUUUUCACCAGAGAACGGGUCCGGUUGACCCCCAUCGAUAAGGAAAUUCUGGCCUCUAUGGAUCAGAAACAGUUCCAUGGCUUUACGUACACCAAUCCGCACAUCACUUUGGACUAGAGCUUAACCUUAAAACUAUAUCCUAAAUGAUAAAUAAUAUUUAGAGCAACAGUAUUUGUAUAUGUAAAUAUUUUCAAAAAAAAAAUGGAACAAAAAAAUAAUUAUGUGUUGGAUUCGAAGGGAGAAAUCGAAAUAAUUUAUAUAGAUAAGUUCUAAAAGAAUAUAAUUUUCUAGUCAGCUAGCAGUACUUGUACAUCUAAGUCUCUCUACACUCUAAUUGUACAGAUAUCCCUCCUCACCAUAAUCUAUAUAUACUUUAUUAUAUAAACCAAUUUUUUUUGCA